AUGAAGAACACAAACGCAAAGUUAACCACACUCGUUGUAGGGCUUCUCCUCCUCAUGAUGAUGAUGGUGAUGAAUCUUCCUCAUGCGCUUCAAGGAAACAUAAAUAUACGUGGAUCCAAAUAUAUUGAAGAUUAUGGUCUUAUGGUGAGCGGAAGUGAACCUCUCUUGGCUGGACGAAAGUUAAAAAGUUUUAAACAUCUAAAUUAUGGAACAAAGAAAAGAUCAACAAAAGGUUUAGCCUCAAGAGAUUCAGCAAAAGAGAUCGAUAAUCUAAUGAGAGGCGACUAUUCUUCACGUAUGAAAGGAAGGAAAAGGAGCCCAAUCCAUAAUUGA